UAUAAUUUAACAUAACAAUGGAAGUAGAAAGAGCAGUCCUACAGAAAGGAAGGAAGCUUCAGGAUAGAGUACAGAUGGAUUUUUAUAUGAACUGUACUGGGAGUGAGAUUGGUGUAGGAGAGGGGAUUAGAGUUAAGCUUUCUUAUGUUGGUGGGAGGAAGUCGGGAUGGUUUAUUAGGAAUGUGUUGAGGAAGGGGGUUGAGAUUGGAUGUGUGGAGUAUUUGUUUUGUAAUGAGUAUGUAAAUAAAGGAAUGUUUAAGAAAAUCAUGAGUAAACCUUUUACAAAGAAAAUUGAACAUCUCACCUUGCUUUUUCACUCUUCUAAGCCAGAAAGUAAAAGAAUAAUAUACAGAAAGUGCUUUAUGUAUCUUCCUCUGGUCACUAACAGAUUGAAGAUAAGCAACAUUGAAGUAUCUACAAAAUUCUUGAGAAAAGUUAUACAAGUAGGAAGGCAUAUAAAUGACAUUAUCUUCAUGGAUUGCAAAAUCCGUUGUGACUCCUUAAAGCUCAGUGAGUCAAUCAACUAUUCUAUCCACUUGUUUAAAAUAAUAUGUUCUGAUCAUUCUGAAGGACAGUAUUGGAGCCUAAAUUUUGAGAAAUUAUUUGUCAUACUCAAGGCAUUCUCCCACACUGACAUGAAGAAGUCUCUGCAGAAGUUUAUACUAGACAUUCCUGGUUUUGAAGGAGAUGUAGAAUGAUGGGCUAGAAGACUAGGAAUGAACAGUUUGAAAAUUUUCAUUCUUUAA